GGAUCAUCAUUCAUCUCUCUCAGAGAGAGGCGACAAUGGCGGUACAGUGGCUAUUGGUAGUUCAGGGGAUCAUGACGUUGACGGUGGUCAUCUCUUUCCUCUGCGGUCAAUGGCCAAUCUUCAAAGGCACACCUUUUCAAUGGAUUCACUACUUCCUCACUCGCGGCGCCUAUCACUACUUACUGAGGUUUGUCGGAAUGGUGUUUGGUUCCAAGGGUACGGACGUUGUCUUAACGGUGGAGCAGUUCUGUUGCGACCGUCCUAAUCCCAUAUUGCAAAUCAUAUACAUAGCCAUUAUUGGAUCAGUAUACUUUGUGAUUGCAAAGUCUUCCUUCAUCUAUAUACCUGGAUACUAUAUUGGCGAUGUUCACAAGUACACAAGCUUUCUGGCUGUUGUUGUCGGUGUUAUACUUUUCUUAUUGACAAGCUUUUGUGAUCCAGGUACCGUGAAUGCUGAGAAUGCUUCGCAGUACAUCUCUGCUUACCCUUAUGAUGAUAUCAUUUACUCUGAGAAGGAGUGUUCUACUUGUAGAAUCCCAAAGCCAGCUAGAUCCAAGCAUUGCAGCAUAUGCAACCGAUGUGUAGCUCGGUUUGACCAUCACUGUGGCUGGAUGAAUAACUGUAUUGGAGAAAGGAAUACUAGAUAUUUCAUGGCUUUCCUCUUUUGGCAUUUUCUUCUUUGCUUGUAUGGAGCAAUAGCCAUUGCGUUUAUUCUUGCUGGACGAGUUAAAGAACUCCGUGUUGUACAUAUCUUAACAGUCUAUUACGGCGUAGAGAACUCUUUCCGCAACUUAGCUCCUCGAGUUUUACAGUGGCUGGCUGGUACAUACAACACCCAAAUACUUGUGAUGGUGUUUCUAGCCAUUGUUUCUCUCCUCCUCGCUGGCUUCUUUGCUUACCACUUAAAACUCUGCCUAACCAACACAACUACUAACGAGGCAUUUAAAUGGAGAGAGUACAUAAGCUUGAGGAAGAAGCUCAGUGAAGCAAAGGCAAGCUCUGCGGCUCUCAAGGCUGGAACGCCGUACUGUGAAGCAGAGGCCAAAGCUCAAGCUAUUGUGAAACUUAAUAUGUAUGAUAGAGGAAGUUUCCAGAACCUUUCUGAGAUUGUUUUCCCUUUAUCAUCAAGACCACAUACUUCUUGUAAACAUACACCAAAACCGAAGUCGGAAUAAUUGAAACUUAAAAACUCU